UGGUUUUGCCCCUUCAUCAAUCAGAAAGCGGUAUCGCCACAUGCACCAGUUUAGUUUUUCUUGAUAUUUGGUAAUUUUUCAUACAGAAAAUAAAUAUGAAACCUCUUAUGUUGCAAGGGCACGAACGUGCUAUCACUCAAAUUAAAUACAAUCGCGAAGGAGAUUUGUUAUUCUCUGCGGCUAAAGACUCGAAACCUAAUGUUUGGUGGUCUCUGAAUGGUGAGCGUCUAGGCACAUUCAAUGGUCAUGGUGGCGUAGUUUGGUGUUUGGAUGUCGAUUGGCAGUCCAUUAACCUAGUCACAGGUGGUGGUGACAGUUCGACGAGAUUAUGGGAUCUAGAGACUGGCAAAAACAUAGCUACUAUAAAAACAAACUCUUCUGUGAGGACCUGCAAUUUUAGCUUCAGUGCCAACCAAGCCGCAUACACCACUGACAAGGCUAUGGGUCAUCCUUGUGAAGUCUUCAUAAUUGACACAAGAACUAUUGAUGACUCACUUUCAACCCAAGACCCAAUAUUAAAGUGGGAAAUAACAGAUUCAAAAGUAACAUCAUUUGUUUGGGGUUGUUCGGAUGAAACCAUCAUAACUGGCCAUGAAGCUGGUGAUCUCAUUCAAUGGGAUUUAAGAACUGGCAAGAAAGUGCAUUCAGUUAAGGAACAUACACAUCAAAUCAAUGACAUGCAGCUCUCACGUGAUGGGACAAUGUUUAUUACUGCUUCAAAGGAUCAAUCGGCUAAGCUUUUUGACACAAAUUCUCUUGAACUCCUCAAAGAGUACAAAACUGAGCGUCCUGUAAAUUCAGCUGCACUUAGCCCUAUCUUGGACCAUGUUGUCCUUGGCGGAGGUCAAGAUGCUAUGGAAGUAACAACUACAUCUACCAGACAAGGAAAAUUCGAUGCUCGAUUCUUCCAUCUUGUUUUUGAAGAAGAAUUUGGACGUGUCAAAGGUCACUUUGGGCCAAUCAACAGUUUAGCAUUCCAUCCAGAUGGCAAGAGUUUUGCAUCUGGUGGUGAAGAUGGUUAUGUGCGUGUACAGAGUUUUGAUCAAUCCUACUUUGAUUAUACAUUUGAUUACAAUAGGGAUUAAUACUAUAUACAACAUUAUAUCACAUCAGUAUUGGAUAUACACAUUUAUACUUACUUCAGUCAAAAAUAUAAAUUGAGUGUUUUACCAACAACCACUGCUCAUAAAAUUUAACUGUUUGUUUAAUAGAUCAACAAAUUCUCUUAAGUUUUUCACAAAAUAAAUAAAUAUUUGGGAA